GGAGCUGGCAAGACUAAAACCUGCAUAACACCUACAGGUUUUCAAUAGUGCUAGAAAUGAGUCAAACAUCCCUGAAACAGAAAAAGAAGAAUGAGGCCGGGAUGAGGUACUCAAAAGAAAGUCUAGAAUCAGAGAAAAGAAGGGAGUCUGAAAAGCCAGGAGUUCGUAUGUCUACCCAGAUGAGGCGAGCAGCCCAUGCGAAUCACGCACUGAGAUGUCAUGCGAGGUCAUACUCCAUGCGAGGUCACUCAUCGUGUAGACGCUGCCUUUGUGCAGCUGAGGGAGCGGGAACAAUGCUCCUUGGCCCCUGCCGCCCAUUACGUAUUUACAUUCACAUGUGCCUGUUGUGGGCGCAGGGCCAGCAGAUGACCAUGAUCAGGGUGAGCACAGAUCGCACGGCUGAUUCUGGAGGGUACCUGCAGGCCAUCUGGGGAUCACAAGAAUUAUCGAAGACAGACUCCCGAGGGUAUGUCGUGAAAAAUGAAUGGUCCCGAACAUCACGGAGCCCAUCCACCAGGCCCCCGUCCAUCGACGAGCCCAGAAGCAGGAAUGGCAGUGUUAAGCUCCCUAACAGCUCCACUACCUCCAGGACUCCAUCCACCUCCCCUAGCCAGCAUGAGCUGUCCCAACCGGUGUCUGAGCAGCCUUCACCUUCCACCCAGCCCAAACAGCCCAAACUUCUGGAAUCGCGGCCCCCCACACCCCCGGAACCAGAGCCAGUCUCCAAACGCAACACCAAGGGAGCACAAGAGAGUCCAGAGGCCUGGGCUCGUGGCGUAGUCCGGGACCCCCGCGAACCCCGGGACCCCCGCGAAGCCUCACACCCACGCACACCACCCACCGAAUGGAGGUCCCAUUCUCAGCGCAAAGGACCCUACGCGAAGUCCCAGGACUACGACUGCUUUUCGGAGCUGCAGCAGCAUGACCAGGACCAGGAAGAUGAGGAGGCCUACUGGGCAUCCGUGAAGAUGCUCUAUGAGAAGACUCCGAGCCCGGCACGUCCCCGGCCGCCCAAACCCAAGCAUGCCAUCACCAUUGCUGUCUCAUCCCGGGCACUCUUCAACAUGAUGGACGGCAGGAGAAUCUAUGAGGAAGAGGGCCUGGAAAAAUACAUGGAGUAUCAGCUCAACAAUGAGAACGUUGUCUUGACCCCAGGGCCUGCAUUCCGUUUUGUGAAGGCACUGCAGCAUGUCAAUGCCAGGCUCCGCGAGCUGUACCCUGAUGAACAGGACUUAUUUGAUAUUGUGCUGAUGACUAAUAACCAUGCCCAAGUGGGAGUGCGGCUUAUAAACAGCGUCAAUCACUAUGGCUUAUUAAUUGAUCGCUUCUGUCUGACUGGUGGAAAAAGCCCCAUUGGGUAUUUGAAGGCAUAUCUCACUAACCUAUAUCUCUCUGCGGAUUCUGAGAAAGUACAAGAAGCAAUACAAGAAGGAAUUGCCUCUGCCACAAUGUUUGAUGGAGCCAAGGACAUGGCUUACUGUGACACCCAGCUCCGAGUGGCCUUUGACGGGGACGCCGUCCUCUUCUCUGAUGAGUUCGACCACAUGGCCAGAGAACAUGGGCUGGACAAAUUCUUUCAGCAUGAAACAUUACUUGAGAAUAAGCCUCUUGCUCAGGGUCCCUUGAAAGGCUUUCUGGAAGAAUUAGGCAGACUGCAAAAGAAGUUUUAUGCCAAAGACGAGCGACUACUGUGCCCUAUCAGGACCUAUCUGGUGACGGCCAGGAGUGCAGCUAGUUCAGGUGCUCGUGUGCUGAAAACCCUUCGCCGCUGGGGUCUAGAGAUAGACGAAGCUCUCUUCCUUGCUGGAGCUCCCAAAGGUCCCAUCUUGGUGAAGAUCCGACCACACAUCUUCUUUGAUGACCACAUGUUCCACAUUGAAGGGGCACAGAAAUUUGGCACCAUGUCAGCUCAUGUGCCUCACGGCAUGGGUCAAAAAAUCAACCCCUAGGGAGGAGGAGGUGAAAUAAAGCACUGA